CUUGUGCGUUGACUGAUGCAGCUGAUGGAGUUGCUGAAACAGCUCCAGAUGGAGAGGGACCAGUAUGCAGAGAACCUGAAAGGAGAGAGUGCCAUGUGGCAGCAGAGGAUACAGCAAAUGGCAGAGCAGGUGCACACACUGAAGGAAGAGAAGGAAUACAGACAGAGUCAGGUACAAGAGCUGGAGACCAGCUUGGCAGCACUCAGGAGUCAGAUGGAGGAGCCACCACCCCCAAAGCCUGAGGCGGGGCCUUCUGAGGUCGAAGAGCAGCUGCAGGGAGAGGUUGAGCAGCUGCAGAAGGACCUGGAGAAUCUGAUGGGACAGCUGAAGGCCCAGGUGCAGGACAAUGAGAGCCUGAGCCUCCUGAACUGGGAGCAGGAGGAGCGGCUGCUGGAGCUGGAGCGGGCGGCCGAGCGCUGGAGUGAGCAGGCAGAGGAGCGCAAGCAGAUCCUGGAGAGCAUGCAGAGUGACCGCACGACCAUCAGCAGAGCACUGUCGCAGAACCGAGAGCUAAAGGAGCAGUUGGCUGAGCUGCAGAACGGCUUUGUCAGGCUGGUGCGGAGCCUGCAGGCCCUCUUUACUCACAGGGAACACAGCCCUUCUGACCAACAAGAACAUGAAGAUUACCAGUGCCCUGUAGUUAGGGCAGCAUGUCAAAAAGGAGCUGACAAGAGGCUGGGGGAGCUGCAGGAGAUGGUGAACCCAUAG